CCAAAUGAUUUCAUGAUUUAUUCUAACUUCCAAAUUUAUCAAGACAAUGAUGUUUUUAUAGAACUUUCCUGUAAUAAACAAAAGAGUAUUAAGAAGGUAAAUAAAAAAAAAGUUGAAUUAAUAAAAAAAAAUCAAAAUCUCCGUAUUUAACCGAGAGUGCGGUGUGACAUGCACGCGCCACCAGGGUAGUAUAUUUACUACUCUGUUUUCUCGAGAAACAAACUCCAAAGCAAACAAAACAAAGCUUCUCUCUCUCUCUUUACUUUAGAUCUGGCCGGGACGACGGCGAUGGCUUCUGCUUGCGUCAACAAUGUUAGUGUCUCUGCUUACGGAUGUUUCAACCCGCGAGCUGCUUCCGAGAAGCUGAUUCCUCCUCCUCUUCCCAAGGUUUCGACGGAGGAAGAAGAGUUCGAGUUCAUGUCCGGUGAUACGGCCGGAAUGCUUCCCGCCGACGAGCUUUUCUCCGGUGGAAAACUCGUGACGGCGGUGACGGCGGUGGUGGAAGUCGAGACGGAGGUUUCCUCCGGAGAGGAGAGUUGCUUGGUGUCCUCUCCCAAGGCGCCAAGGUGUUCGAGUAAGUGGAGGGAGUUGUUAGGUCUGAAGAGAUUCUCUCAGAACAGCAAAGCCGCCACGACGACGACGUUUCAUUCGAAUCCGAGAUCGUCUACUACGGCGUCGUUUAAACAGUUUUUAAACCGGAGCCCCAAAACGUUGUCGUCUUCGGAAGCUACUUCGUUAAUCAGUCUUCCUCUCCUCUCCGACAGCGAAUCUCUCUCUGUCUCCUCCUCUUCGCGUAUGUCCCUCUCCUCCUCCUCCUCGAGUCAAGACCACGAGGACAACAACACCCCGAGGCUAUCGCUGGACGCAGAGAGACUCAACCACCUCGCUAACCAAACCAUCACGGCCAACCCGUUCGCUCCCGCUCGGCCGAGGAUGAGGUUAGUGAAGCCUCGUGAUAGAGAGGAAACAUGUAGCGACAGCCCGAGACUGAACUCGUCGGGGAAGAUCGUGUACCAGAGCCUUGAGCGGAGCUCAAGCAGCCCCAGUGGCACGAGCGGCGGCGGAGGGUAUAGAAACAGAGGAGUGGAGAGAUCGUACAGUGCAAACGUGAGGGUGGCUCCUGUUCUUAACGUUCCCGUUUGUUCGGUCAGAGGUGGUUCUGUAAUAUUCAGCCAGUUCUUCUCUUCGGCUUCUUCGUCUCAACACAAGCACGGUGGUAUCAGUAGAGGUCGUAACUCCACAGAUCGAGUUAGUUAGCUAGCUAGCUAGUAGUAAUAAGUCCAUGUACUUUGGUGUGUGUAGAUAAAGAAUCUACACAUUUGUCUAGUGUAGUUUGGUUGCUUGCUUCUCAUGGGGUUUGAGAAUUAAGAGAGAGAGAAGUUGACGCGCUAAGCUAAAUUUAAUGAAUGCGCGUGGGGUUAUAGUAGAACAGAUGCUCUGUGUGUGUCUCUACGCUCUCCCCACGUUGAAGCUUACUUAAGCUGUCUCUUUCAUCUGCCAUUUUAAAAAAAAAUCUAGAUAUAUUAAUAUUUUGUCGUUUAAUAA